UGGGUAACGGAGCCGAGAUGUGGUUCGAGAUUCUACCUGGAGUUGCCAUCAUGGGCGUGUGCUUGGUCAUUCCCGGAGUGGCCACUGCGUACAUCCACCGGUUCAGUAACGGUGGCAAGGAAAAAAGGGUUGCCCAAUUUCCGUAUCAGUGGAGUCUGAUGGAAAGAGACAGGCGCAUCUCUGGAGUUAACCGUUACUAUGUGUCAAAGGGUCUGGAGAACAUUGAUUAAGGAAGCGUUUUCCUGAUUGAUGAAAAAAAUAACUCAGUUAUGGUCACCUAACCCUGCUGGAAGAUUAAGCGGUGUAUUAUGUGACACGCAGCUUAGUUUUAUGUGUGACGUAAUGCUUAAUAAAAACAAAAUGAAAAAAAAAAAAACCCUCGUCAUGUAUAAUUUCACCCAAAGAAUUUACCACCUUUAUACUUUGUAAAACUUUCAGUGAACAUGAAAGUAUUGUUUAAAAACA